GCCAUGUGACUCCUGAUGACGCUAAAAGGACUUUGCAUAAAUAACUUCAUCUGUGUCAGAGUUCUGCCCAAACCUCAGCGGGGACAGCAGAGCCUCACAGCAGACACGGAUCCGCAGUUCGACUUUCACCGCGAACUACUCAAAGAAAUGGAUCGCCUGGAAAACUCCACAGCAGCAUCAGAGCGCCUCUUCUCUGAUGCCGAGAGUGCGGCGGUGGAGUCCCAGGCCGCCAGAGAAGGCAACGGGAACGCAUACCUCUACAUACUGAUAGUCAUGUCUUUCUAUGGAGUGUUCCUCUGCGGUAUCAUGCUGGGCUACUUUCGCUCCAAGAGGAAGGAGAAGAGGAGGAUCAACAUCUUCACGCGCCUGGUGCACGAGGAGGAGCAGAGGGAGUGGGGGGCUCUGCCCAAGAAGCAUAGCGCCCCCUUCCCGGCCACCGUCUCGGGGCUGCGGGCCAUGCAGGUUUCCCUGCCGUUCUGCGGUAACCACGGCAACCACUCCGGAGCCCUCCGCCACGAGGGCUUUCUGCCGUCUCCGCUGGCGUGCGCGCUGUGCGCGGAGCAGAGCAGCGUCAGCUCCCUGUGCUCCUCCGCAGACACGCGCCUGACCAUAGAGGAGGAGGAGGCCGACAGCGGCGCGGCGGAGGAGCCGGAGGCGAGCCUGAAGGCGGCACAAGCGGAGAGCAGCGGAGACGAUUCAGGCUGAACUUUAAAUGCGAAAACUCAAAUUCAACUGCAGGAUUAAAGAUGGAGAAAAGACAACUUGAGGGAAAAUCAAAAUGGCCUCAAAUGCGUUAUUAUUGGGACCCUAAAGGGGACAGUGGGCAGCUGUGAGGCCCUAAGUUUGUUAGUGAAACUCAAAUCAUCAUCCGUGCCAUAUGUAUGGGAGAGAAACGACGAGGGUCUACAUCACAGAUCCACAUUUUUUAUUUUAUGUUUAUUUUUUUAUUUUUUUAUUUUUAUUUUUUUUUGCACGUCAAUUGCUGCUUUCAGGCUAAUGACAAGUUCAACACAACGCCACACCUAAACACAUACAGGUCAUAUCAACUGCAAAUUUCCAACUCAGU